GGGAUAAGAUCUUUCCAGAGUAAUAAGCAUGGUUCGAGAACAAAAAUGCAUAUUAUGUCACAUUGUGUACAACUCAAAAAAGGAGAUGGAAGAACACAUGAGAAGCAUGCUUCACCACAGAGAACUUGAAAACCUGAAGGGAAGGGACAGCAACCAUGAAUGCCGGGUGUGCAGGGUGACAGUGGUGGGUUUGUCAGCCUAUGCCAAGCACAUCUCCAGCCAGCUGCACAAAGACAAUGUUGACGCCCAUGACAGAAAAGAAGAAGAGAAAGAAGAGGCAGAAGAAGAAUACCUUGACAAAGAACUCAUUCAGUUAACCAAGCAAAGGAAGGAACGGAACCGGCAAACUGAACCAAGCUGUGCCAACCAGGAGUUAGAAUGUGAUGACAGGAGAUCACAGAGAAGGCGAGAAGAGAGAGCUACUUACAAAGAAAGAGAAGCUUAUGAUCAGUUAUCGUGGCAUCAUCAUAAUGCAUCACAGAGGGACUGGAAGUGGGAAAAGGAUGAUUAUAUUAGUCCUAGACAAGGCAAAUUUUCACACUGUCAGAGGAACCUUAAUAUAAACAGACAUUCAGGUGGCCCAAGGGGACGCUCUGGGUGGCACCAAAAUGUUUCAGGAAGCUCUUCAAAUCGGCAUAACUAUGGGAAUUCUGGAAAUGUUUGGCAUCCAAGCGGACGGGGAGGAGGAACAUCAAAUUGGCAUCACAGUGCCAGGGAGAGAAAUUCUGCUUGGCACUCAGAAGGAACAGGGCAUUUUUCUAGCUGGAAUUCCAAGAGUUAUGGAGGAAACUGGAAAUCUAGUCCUCAUGGUAUGAAUGGCUGGAAUUUUGGAAGCUCAGGAGAUACAUAUUCAGUAGAGCCAAUUAAAUAUAAGGAAAGAUAUGCAUGGCAGCGGCAGGAGAAAGACAUUGAUGUUCUGCCAUACAGGGAUCGAAAAAAUAGGAGUGACUUGCUUGAUUUUACUAGUGAUAAACUUCCUUCUGAGGGGGCAUUGGAUUUUGGUAUGUCGAAGCAACCAGAAAGCAAAAUUUCAAGAGCCAGUGGAAAAAGUGGCAGUCCUUCCAGAGAUAAGAUGUAUCGCUGGACUCCCUACCCAUCCCAGAAAGCUGUAGAGCAGCAACCACGGUCCGAAGAUAAUGUUUCUAAAACUCCGGAUAAAAUGGAUUCUAUAUUUAUGCCUCUUACCGAUUCAUCAAUGAAAGGAAAAACUUGUGAAGCCAAUGUUAACCUUUCAAAACUUAAAAAAUGGGAAGCAUCUUCCCCUUCGAAUGUAACCUCAGAUCACCUUGAUUCUUGCAAGGUAAUGAAAGACUGUUCCAGUGGUGAAAAGCCUGACAAAGGUGAUGGCAGAAGUAAUGGGAUGCCAUCACUGAAAUCCCCUCUUCUGAAUAUCACAGAUAUGAAAUUAUCUUCCCCAAAGCAAGACACAAACAGUCUCUUAAAAACCGUCAAGCUUCUAUUGUCUUCAACUAGUGGCAAAGAGCAGAAUCAUUUGAAUGCACCGAACCUGGAAACAAACAGUUUCUCCUCUUACUCAGUGAAGCUGCAUGGUGCGUGUGCUGGUGACUUACAAGGUAACAAAGAUGUUCUUGAUAUCAAUCCUGGAGAGCCUGUUAAUAACUUAAGUGAAGCAGAACAAAACCCCAAAGAUAGUCAGUCAAACCAUUCCUUGCAAAGUGCUCCCUUAAGCUCUUGCAAGGAUACAAGUGACCAGAAUAGGGAAGAAACUGGGAAAGCAUCACCAAAGAACGAGUUCAGACUAGAUUCAUUAGAAGAUGUGAGCGAUGAUGAUUUAACAGGAAGUGAGAAAUCAGAAGCAAGAGUUGAAAAGCUGGGUUCUUCUGUUAGUUCUUGUUUACCCUGUGACACUCCAGAAAGUAAACAUGCCACCUCUGAAAAGGAAGAUGGUGAAAAGCCGGCAGCUUCAAGUAUUGCUUCUGCUGAUCUAAAAGAUUCUAUGUUUCAGACGGAAUCCAGAGUUUCUCCAUCAAGCACUCAGGACCAUUUGCAUGUGGAUUUGAAAACCUCCUCACAGGAUGGAGAAGGGGAUGAAGAGCGUGUCAAGUCACAUGAUCGCUUUGAAAUGGAAGGUUUUGAAAAUCCUUCAGAUCAUGAGCUGCAAAAAGGAGGAAACCAGUCACUAGGCCUCCUUCUUCCUGAUUUAAGCAAACUUGGCCUCCCUGCCUCUCUGCAAAGAGACCUGACACGACAUAUUAGUCUGAAGAGCAAAGCCGGGACACAUCUUCCAGAGCCCAAUCUCAAUAAUGCACGGCGCAUUCGGAAUGUGAGUGGCCAUCGGAGAAGUGAGACUGAGAAGGAGUCGGGGCUUAAACCCACCCUCAGGCAGAUUCUUAAUGCUUCCCGGCGAAACGUAAACUGGGAUCAAGUCAUCCAGCAGGUAACCAAGAAGAAACAGGAACUUGGCAAAGGUUUACCAAGGUUUGGCAUAGAAAUGGUGCCUCUUGUUCAAAAUGAGCAAGAAGGUCUAGAACUCGGUGAAGAAUCUGAUCUGUCUACUCUGGAAGGAUUCCAGUGGGAAGGGAUUUCCUUAGCAGUGUCUGGUUCCGCCAGAAAACGUAGCUUUUCUGAAAGCAGUGUCAUUGCAGACAGAAGUCCUUCUGCUUAUAGUUUCUUCAGUGAACAAGCAAAAAUUAAAGACAGCGGGCAAAGGCAAAUAAUUUCAGCCAGCCACUCACAUCACAUAACAUCUGGGUAUGAGGCAAGUGCUGAUACUGAGGCUGACUUGAAACGGGAGACAUCUUCUCUUCCUUUGUCACCAUUUAUGCGUGAAAGAACUGAGACUAGUGGAAGGAGUCAUAGCCUACAGGCCACCUCUGAGGUCACGGGCCUCACAAAACAAGACCAGGAGAGCCCAGAGAAGAGAACGCCUCUUCUUGAAAAACAAAAUGUACUAGAAAUCUCAGAAGAAAAUCGUCCGGCUUCAAAUAAUGCUUCACUUCUUGCAGUGUGUAAUAACAUAGAUGCAGCUACAGACAGUAGCUGCACAUCUGGUACUGAGCAGAAUGACAGCCAAGGAAUUGGAAAGAAACGAAGAGCAACUGGGGAGGGAUCUUCUCCUGAAAUCCCUAGUCUAGAAAGAAGGAAUAAGAGAAGAAAAAUCAAAGGUAAAAAAGAACGUUCUCAGGUAGACCAGUUGUUGGCUAUUUCCCUGAGGGAAGAAGAGUUAAGCAAAUCCCUGCACAGUGUGGACAGCAGUCUCGUGCAGGCCAGGGCUGCCCUCCAGGCUGCGUAUGUCGAGAUUCAACGGUUCCUUGUACUAAAGCAACAGAUAACCAUGGAAAUGAGUACACUGAGAAGUCAGAGAAUCCAGAUCUUGCAGGGGCUACAAGAAACAUAUGAACCUUCUCAACUGUCAGAGCCACUUUCCUGCAGUGUCUUAAGUGAGAGAAGACACAGCAAAUCUCAGAUGGCAGCUGAAUUAAUUCCUGCAGGCUCCUUUCUGCCCCAUUUGGACACUUUGUCAUCUUCCGUACCUCCACUGGGAGCUUCAGUUCAUAUAAACAUGUCGUCACCAUUCCAGUCUUCUGGCAUCACACUCGCCACUCCUCCUGACUCCUCAGUACAAGUUAAACGAGAACCUGUGUCUCCAAAAAGCUCAGAAGAAAAUGCGAAUUCGGUACUGCAGACCACUACACGUGCUUCACAAACAGACGAGGUGGAGCAGAAGGAUGAAGAGACCAACAAGAAGACUUCAGUGUAUUCAGUUAUCUCUGCAACCAUAUCCCUAUCAGAGCUGGCAGCUUGUUUCCAGCACGCUAAUCGGGAUGUUCACAAGCCUACCGUGUACAAGGGAAAGGCUGGACUUCCUGAGAACCCUUCUCCUUCACUGUCUGUUUUCAGCAAGAGAGAAGCAAAUGAUACAGUGACUGAAAGCUUUUUACUGGAUCAGUGUAGCGCUUCUCUUCCAAAGCAUUCAGUCCUUAUAGAAAUGCCAGUGGAUAAAACCCCCAAAUUGUCAGCAGAACCAUCUGAGCAACAGAUGGCAACCACAGUAGCCCCAGCAGAAAAAGGGAACAGGAGGAGGAGAAAGUUAAGGAAGAAGAAAUCUCUGAGGGCAGCCCAUGUGCCAGAGAACAGUGAUACUGAACAGGAUAUAAUUGACUCUAAGCCUGUCCGGAAAGUCAAGGGUGGAAAGGUUCCGAAAGGAGAAAAAGUUACUACAUCCACUCUUCCAAGACAGGAGGAUGGAGUUACUGCUCAAAUUGCAAGAAGCAAAGAGGAGAAUGACAGUGAUGCUUCUCUGGAACUAGUGGAAGUUCCAGCACCCCAGUGUGAGGUGGUUGAUGUUGGUUCAUCAGAGUCGGGAGAUGAGAAACCAGACAGUCCAUCAAAGAGGGAUUCACGCAGCUCUGUGGAUCAAGCAAUCCUAGAGCCAUCUUGCUCUGGUUAUGAUGAAGUGAGCUCUACCAGUGAGAUUGGCACAAAUUAUAGGGAUGAUGGGAAAAGAAG